CUUCCUCGCAGAGGCGCAAAGCCGUAAACCCUUUCUCGCUCGCCGUCCUCGAGAGGUUUCAGAAGGAGGCGCCGCCGCCGGGUGCAGUGACGAGAGCGAGGUACCUGCGGUUGUUAGGGUUUGGGUUGAGAUGGGGAGGUCGAAGAGCAAGGGCCCCAAGUUCGCGGUGGUGAAGAAGAUGAUCACCAAGAAGACCGUCAACAAGUACAAGCAGGAUGUGCUGAACCCCAACAAGAAGGACGCGGAGAAGGAGAAGCUCGGCCGGAAUGUGCCGCAGGUCUCGUCGGCUCUUUUCUUCAGCUACAACACGGCGCUCGGGCCACCUUAUCGGGUGAUUGUGGACACCAACUUCAUCAACUUCUCCAUCCAGAACAAGCUGGAUUUGGAGAAAGGAAUGAUGGACUGCCUUUAUGCAAAAUGCACUCCGUGUAUCACUGAUUGUGUUAUGGCUGAGCUUGAAAAGCUUGGACAGAAGUAUCGCGUGGCCUUGAGAAUUGCCAAGGACCCUAGGUUCCAAAGAUUAGCAUGCACACACAAGGGAACUUAUGCUGAUGACUGCAUUGUGGAGAGGGUUACUCAACACAAAUGCUACAUUGUUGCCACAUGUGAUAGAGAUUUGAAAAGGAGGAUAAGGAAGGUUCCUGGUGUUCCAAUCAUGUAUAUUACUCGACACAGGUACUCGAUAGAACGGCUCCCUGAAGCCACAGUUGGUGGAGCGCCAAGAAUCUGAUGAGCAUAAACAUGAUAUGGUGAACUUCACUGUCGCACUCGGUGCUUGUUCAUGUUGUCACUGUUUUUGCCUGAAGCUGCCGCUUGCACUGAUGAUGGAAUCAUGGACAAGAAUGCUGCUGUGCUUGUUGAGCUUGCUGUAACAACAUAUAAGUCUUGCACCAGCCGAUGAUGUUACUAUUGUUAUCAUUGAAAUGUAAUAGUUUCUGUUUACAGUGUUUCCCAAAUUUUUAGAGUAAUUUACUAGCUGUUCUGUUUCCGCCGUUGGCUUGGCUGCCCAGUUGUAUCUGUUGGUGCUGUAGCUUUCUUCUUUCUUAACAUGUUCAGAGGCUCUGAGCUCCGUGUAUGAUCCGAGUCUCGAGGUCUAACCUGUUUGGAAAAAAGAAGGAAAAUUUAGCA